AUGACCAAGCCUUCUUCUAACGAAAAGAAUGGACUGAAGAAAGGUCCAUGGACGCCGGAGGAAGAUCAGAAACUCACCGAUUACAUUCAGAAACAUGGACAUGGGAAAUGGCGAACCCUUCCCAAAAAUGCAGGACUAAAAAGAUGUGGCAAGAGUUGCCGGCUUCGCUGGGCUAACUACUUGAGGCCUGAUAUAAAGAGGGGGAGAUUCUCAUUGGAAGAAGAAGAAGCCAUCAUCCAGUUACACAGUGUUUUGGGAAACAAGUGGUCUACAAUUGCUGCUAACUUGCCAGGAAGAACAGACAAUGAGAUCAAGAAUUAUUGGAAUACCCACAUCAAGAAAAAGCUAUUGAAGAUGGGGAUUGAUCCAGUGACUCACACACCGCGCCUUGAUGUGAUACAAUUAGCUUCCAUUCUGAACUCAUCUUUAUACAAUUCACCCCAAUUUAACCACCCUGGCCUUUCAGGGAUGGGAAGAGACGUAAAUCCAAGCCAGCUACUAAGUUUACUCACCACUCUGCUAUCAUGUCAAAGCAAAAACCAAGAUGUUUUAAAUCAUAAUUACCAGCAAAAUAACCAAAUUGGUGGCACCCCUUUAUUGCAAAAUCAAUCCCAAUGCUCCCAACCAAUACAACUUGGUUCUAUCCAAACCUUCCAACCAAACCAACCCCAAGUCUCAAUUCAAGAAAACCAUUGUACUAAGUCUAAUCCAUUGCAUAUAGAAACAAAACUAGAGCAACAAAUCUCUCCAAUUACAAUUCCUUUUAGCCAACAAAUUAACGCUCUACCAAACUUGUGGCAGUAUAAUGGAGGUCAUAAUCACAUAUCAGAUCAAAAUCAAGCCGAAUCAUCAGGAACACAAUGUUUCUCUUCUCCCAAGUACAACUCCAUCAUCAACAAUCUCUUGGAAAAUCAGAUUUUAUGUAACAAUGAGGGGGUGCCAAAUUUCAAUUUAAGCUCACUGUUAUCAUCCACACCAUCGUCUUCUAGCCCGAGUACUUUGAAUUCAUCAUCUUCCACGACAUUCGUCAAUGGAACCACUGAAGAUGAAAGGGACACUUACGGCAGCAACAUGUUGAUGUAUAACAUCUCAAAUGGCUUGAAUAACUCUGGACUUUUGUAA